GCUGCUCUACGUACGGUGGUGGCUGCCUUUAUCCAUUUCAAAUCCUCGUUGUUUAAAACCAUCCAACAAAAGACAAAAGUUCUCUGUGUAAAAUAAAACCCUAAUUCAGCUCCAAAGUUUCAGCCAUGGCGUCUCCAGCUCCCACGCGCCGCUACUCUCAAACCCCCCGCCGUCAGCUCGAAAUGCACCUGGACGCCCUUUACCAGUCCGUAUUCCCGAGCGUGGUAGCAAUCGAGAGCCACUUCGUCGGCCCCGAUAAUCGAGAUCUGAAGCAGCCCGUCCGCCACAAAACCGGCGUCUUCGUCGGUCCGACCACAAUCGUCACCUCCGCGAACGUCGUCGGACGCGUCCUCACCGACAAACCUGCCGCCGCCGUCCACAGAUCCUACAUCGCCCAAAUCUUCGCGAUCACCCGCGGCAGCAGCCCCCGACCUCUGAAGACGAAGGUCCUGGCGGUGAGCUUCGCCCACGACGUCGCCGUGCUGGAGGUGGUGGACGACGCCGCGCCGCCCGAGGGGACCUCGUUCACCCCGUGCUCGAUCGCGAAGUCUCCGCCGCAGCAGGGCGACGUUCUGCUGGCGGCGGUCCACAUGGUGAAUAUGCAGUUCGGAAUGAUGCCCGGGCACGUGAGGGCCGUGGGCGAGAAAACCUUCAACGUGAGGGCGCCGUGGCCGCUGGAAAACGGAUCUGGUUGGGUUGAGUUCGACAACAGCCAGUUCAACGGCGGAUUUCCUCGCCCGUGGAGUGAUCUGUUCAAAAGCGAAGAAGAGAUCACCGGUAGAAGCACAAUCAUGACCGGAAGUCCUUUGUUCAACAGUGACGGCGAGUUCUUCGGCGUUGCGUCAUGGGAUGUAAGCGAGAAGGGUUCGUCACGCCCGGUGAGCUUCGCUACGUCUCUGUUGCCGAUCAUGGUUGCGUUGGAGUACGCCAAGAACAAGAACCCGGAUCAUGACCCGGUUGUCAUGGAUACUUGGAUCCAAGGUUAAAUAUUGAUGAUCAAUUAAUCAAGGGUAAUUAAGCAACCAAGCUUCUUGUGAUGUGUUUGGCUUUGUUGCUUUGCACGUGGAUAGUUUGAUCUUUUGGAAUAAUUGUUGGUCUGGUAUGGCCUGUUUAGUGCAUAAUUGUUAAUUAGA